AUGAAGAGCACCGAUCGCUGGGCCUCGCAGUACGCCCAGGGCAUGGUCGACUGGUCCUUUGGCCACGCCUGCUAUCACCGAUUGAGCUCCAAAAAUGUCAAGCCAGGCUCCGUUGGUUACUUCGACCGCAACGGCAACUGGAAAAAGAUUCUCUCGCUUCAGGACGUACAGCAAACUGGAGAGCCUGUGGUUCAGGGGAUUUCCAAGAAAUUCACGCGACUAUCAGAGCCAUUAAAGGUGCAUGAUGAUGUCGAGAUGGAGAUCGGAACUCUCACAUCUUCACAAACCGUCAGCACAGAUGCGGGCUUCAAAAUUGAAGUGCAAACAUUGUAUGGCUGCAGUCCAAUCCUAGCCCAGACACCUAUCAACGUGGGUACUGACAAUGCGUACCGAAAUAGCAACACCCUUGGCGCCGUCCUAGUAAUGAAAAACCCUGUGGUACGCUUCAGCAUUGAUGAUGGUGACUUCAUUGAUCGCUGGUUCAAAGAGAAUCAGAGACUGUUACCCGAGAUACGUUCGGCUGUGAGAGAGCACGGUGUCUGGCUGGUCACGACCACUUACACCACCAAGGAAAUAGCCUUAAAUGUUCGGCAAGACAAAGACAAGGUUGUGAAGCUAGGAUUCUCAGCCGGUAUAGAUGGUAUCGUUAACCUCGAGCCAAGCAUCGAACGUGGAGAGAAAAGGCAUGCAGAUGGCUCGUUCACAUAUCCAGCAAAGAGUGACGAAAGACUUGUCACCUUCGUCGGAGGCAUUCGUUUUCAUUAUAGGAGCUACGUGUGGACCACCGGAAAAUUGGAACCAGGAGUCGCGUAUCUUCGGGAUCCGCGGACCUACCAUGUUCAGACGUGGACUGAAGCGGAACGAGUAGGAACUGACGAUAAAGGCAAAUAUGUUAAAGCUAAAGGGUCUGGCGAGGGAAGCGUCACAGAAGAUACCGAGACGGCCCAUGGCGGAAGCGACGAUAAAGACGCCGAGCCAAGCAUGAAAGAGACCGAUGAAGACAGCACGCCAGAAUCCUCCGCUCUGUUAGAGGUCGAAAACGACGACGACACUUUUCAGGAUAAAGAGGAUGAAGAGUACAGCCUUACUGAUGCGGUUCACGAUGGGAAUGUUGACAGAGUCCGUGACGCUCUUGGACGAAACUUGGAACAGAUCUCGCAAAAGGAAGACUAUGACGAGUUGCUCAAGGACGCUUGUGCUGCAGGCUACGCUGACAUUGUCGACCUGAUCAUCAAAGCCGGUGCAGACACCAACGUACUCGGCGGUCGUGGCCCAUACACCCCGCUCAUUGCAGCCUCACAAAACGGCCACGCCCGAGUCGUUCAGCUACUCCUCGGAGCAGGCGCAGAUCCAGAUAUUUCCAACAAUGCUCCAAUGCCAUCUUUGCUGCCUCGAAGGCUGGCCACGACGAUAUUGACCAGCGCGCUGCAAGUUGCCGCGGAAGGCGGGCAUGACCAGUGUGUUCGCUGGCUGAUAGCUGCUGGUGCUGAUCUUGAUCAACAGGCCGAGGGCACCGCUCUAUACCGAGCCACCAGGAAGGGUUAUCUGGGUAUCAUCCAACAGCUCCUUUUCGCUGGUGCAGAUGUUGAUCUUCAAGAGGAACGCGGAGAGAAACUCGAGGAGGCCCCUCUUCACGCGGCAGCAAGCUCCGGGAGGGCUGAGAUCGUAGAGUGCCUGCUCAAUGCGGGUGUCGACGUGAACGCCUAUGGAGGAACCAAAAAGACUCCGAUAGCAGCAGCUGCUGCUAGUGGAUGUGUGCCGGUUGUGAAGCUACUCCUCUACAAGCUGCAAGCCAGCGGUAAAAUGAGGUUCGGGCCUGCUUUAGGAUAUGCAGUCCAGCAGGGGGAGGCAGAGAUCGUGGAUAUGCUCCUCGCAGCUGGAGCAUCACCUGAUGGAGAUCCAGAAGAGACAUUGGACUUUCACAGCUUGAAACCUCCUCUGAUCAUCGCGGUCCAAGAAGGGAAUGAGAUUCUUGUAACACGCCUCAUCAAAGCCGGCGCCAACGUCAACCAGUAUUUCAGCCAGUAUGGGAGAAGCGUCACGCCGCUGUACGUGGCUUCGAUGAAUGGCCACCUGCGUAUUAUGCAGCAGCUCUUGGAUGCUGGUGCCGCUGUCGACGGCAAAGCAGGCUAUCUUGGGACGCCGUUCCUCGCUGCCGUCAGUGAAGGCCAGGUAGAAGCUAUGAACAUGCUUCUAGAUGCAGGCGCAGAUGUACAGGCACGGAGCGCAGUGAGUAAAUACCCUGCGUUGGUGAUUGCGUUGGAUAAGGAGCAUCCCGAAGUCGUGGACCAUCUCAUCAACGCCGGUGUGAAUGUCAACAAUUCGGCACAGUACUAUGGCAGCGCGCUACAGGCCGCAGCAUACAAAGGGUAUCGAGACGUUACUGAGAAGCUGCUCGACGUUGGCGCGGAUCCGGCGAUGGAAGGCGGACACUACGGGCUCGCAAUCGUUGCCGCAGCGGCGAAAAAGCAUGUGGUUGUCGUGAAGAUGUUUAUUGACCGCGAUGCGGUGACGAAAGAGCAGGCUGGAAAGGCUACAGAAUGGGUGAAGGAGAUGAUUGAGUCGGGAGAUGACAGAUCCGAUGAACUUCAAGAGAUACUGGCAAUGCUUAGUAGCGUGGUCGAGUAG